AUGGCGACUGGAAACUCGAACUGGGAGUUGACAGACGACCAGUCGACUCUUCGUAACAACGAGGAAACCAAAAGUCCUCCAGCGAAGAGACGAUCUGCUGAGAAACCGCUCACUCCAGUUCAACGGAAUGGUCAAACGCCGGAUAGAACUGAAGAAGCGAAGAAAAUUCAAUCGGCAAAGAAUGGGGCGGAACUCGCUCAGAUAGAAGCGCUCGCUGAAAAGUACAAAAAGAAUAUGGAGGAGCAGAAGGAAAACCAGCGCAAAAUUUCUGAGCUGCUCGCUGCCAAAGAAGAACGUAAAAAAGAGCGAGAAGCGCGAAAAGAAGCCAAACGACAGCGAAAAGCGGAGGAUCGCGCUCGACGAGAAGCGGAGGCGAAGGAAGCUUUUCGAAAGCUCCAGAGAGAGCGAGCUGCAGCAGCUGAAGAUGAAGUAUCUGAGUCAGAGGAAGAGGUGGCCGAAUCCGAGGGAGAAGCGACUCCAGAAAUUUCGACAGCGGCAAAGAAACAUGCUGAUGGGGAAACAUCCACUCGUACGAUCACCGAUGUCGUAGCCCAGGAGGAAGCAGCUGCCGAAGCUCCGACGGGAAGUGUUAGAGGCUCAACAACAUUCGUUGUGGACCAGCAAGCUCCCUCUUCGGUGACGGAGCCCUCCAAUCGAACAUUCACUAUUCCUAAAAUUCCCGAGGGCGAAAUUACCGACGAAGGAACCUCUGCUGCUGCUUCUGCGACUAUCAACUUCUCCGACAUCAGUGCAUUCGAUCCGACCCAUCAAUCAACUCCCGUUCAACAGCGAGGGCCGCCCGCUCGAAUUGCAAAGCCGAAGUCUAAAGAUCUGCCUGAUGCUGUGAAUGAAACUGUCACGAUUGAAAGUGGCAGUAAGAAGGCUGAGAAAUCCGUGCAGCUCGAGGAUAUGAUUGAAGAUGCUAAUGAGACAGUCACAAUCGGACAGAAGAAGAAAAGAGGCCGUCCACGAAAACACGAGACUGAAAAGAGAAAGGAUGCGCCGGAAGCCGAAACCGAGAAAAUAGAGAGCGAGGCUGUGGAGAGUAAAUCAGAAAAGAAAAAGCGAGGUCGACCGAAGAAAGUCGUCGAGCCAGAGAGCGAGGCUGUCGUGAGUAAAUCAGAAAAGAAGAAGCGAGGUCGACCGAAGAAAGUUGCCAAAGAGACGGAGGUUGAUUCCGUCCACUUAGCCGAGAACGAAGAAGAGGACACGUCUGCGUUAGAAUCUCGCCGGAAGAAAAAAGCUGCUUCAACGAAAACGGCCGGCGAACCUUCAUCGAAUGAGAGACAAAAAUCUCCUGUCAUAGAGGCUUCAGAGCAGAACGAGAACACAGCGGUCGCUACUCCUGAACGACCUAAUUUCUCGCACUCUGAACUCGAUCCAGGCAUUUUGGAAGCUUCUGUUGGCGACGAUGAAGUUCCUGUUUUCGAUCCACCUCCUGUUGAGAACAACGAGAGUAUAGAUGAGGAAGUAAAAGAUGACGACCAGCCGCCUCCUGUCGAGAAGACCAAGCAAGGUCGACGGAAGUCUGCGCGCUUCUCUAUUGCUCCCGACGAGGUCAGAACAUUCGAGCCAGACCCGAACGAGCACGUAGGACGAGAAAAAGGAAGCAAGAAAAAGUCCAAAAAGGAGAAGCGAAAGAGUGUCAUCGCACGAGACGAGAUUCGAGCGCAACGAAGUGACUCGCCAGUGGGCGAAAUUCUCCUCGAUUACGUGAUACCGAUCAGAACUCCGCCACCUAAUGCUAUCCGACGGUCAAAACGCAUUCGUUUCGAGCGUGGCGCGGUGAAAAAGACCAACGACUUGACGGAUAUCCGGCCGAUGCUUACCGAAGAACAAAUCAAUCGAGGCGAGUUCGGAUUCAUCUCCGAGGCCGAGCUGCACAAGAAAAUGCCAAAGACUCAGAAGGACAAGAAAUGCCCAUCGACGAUGACUAGAUUCGAGCGACUCAAGAGGUUUGGCAAAGCUCCCAUCAGCGAGCCUAUCGAUGAUAUCUACGCGGAAGAAAAACUUGGCUGGACGAUCGGAACAAUCACCGACCCGACUGCAACCAUUGAAGGCAGUGAUGGCGAAAUUGAAGAUGUCUCUACCUUUGUAUCUUCUGAGGUGAGAGCCAAAUGGCGAGUUGGAUGCGAACCUGGUGAAUCCUCUCCACUUGCUUUCACUAACCUCGGACCUUUGGUUGGUCACUUCUACUCGAAGACAACCUUCAAAAGCCGACACUAUUCUACUGGAACUCUAUUCUUUUCGACCUCCAGCUUCCUGAGCGGCUCUACCUCCGAGAUCGAAAACGUCGUCUACAAGGUUGUCUUUGGAGACAUCAUUGUCACGAUAAAAGAUGAGGAGAAAGUCUCCUCAGCAGGAAGCCGCUUCAUCAUUCCUCCGAAAACAAAGGAAUACACUAUGAAGAAUAGCUCCAGAAAGCCAGUGGAAGUGGCAUGGGAAAGAGCGCUCUUUGAUACUUCUGGUCGCGACUCUACUCUCAACAGCACCAAGGCUAGCCUUGGCAACCGCUCUAGAACGAAGUCCUGA